AUGUUCUACAUGCAGGUGUCACUUCCCACGAUAAUCUACGUUCUGUUCCCUGCCCUGGCUAUGGUUUUUCUAGACGCACCCCAAACGCAUCCUGCCUGGCAUGUCGACUACGACACAACUGCUUUCUACAACCCAAUGAAUGCCAGCAUCACUUCCAGACCAUUGACACCGUCCGUGUGUCCGGCAGCGCCACUGUUCCCGGCAGCGUCACUCGACUUGCGGCCGGAAUACCUAUCGCCACCAACAUCAAUUCGCCCAUCAGAUAUAAAGGAGCAGGCGCGCACGGAGGCGUUUUGUGGGCCCGGCUGCUGUGCUUCAACACAGAACGCUAAUCCGCUGAUGUUCUACAUGCAGGUUAGGAAGUCAUACAGUCUUUUCACGAAGCGUUCAAGUAAUUGCUUUCUACUGCAGCUGCCGGGCCCACAUUGCUGCCUUUCCAUUGUUGUUCAGUGUUGUGAUGUUAUUCGCUCUUUAUUGUUGCUGGCGGGUGACAUCGAAACUAACCCUGGACCUGAUAGUCAAGCCGUACUAAAGGAACUUAAGAGCCUAUCCGCAGGUCAAUCGCAACUGAUCACCGAGAUUCAAGGCCUCAAGUCUCAGUUACUAACAACUGACAAAGCAAUAUCCGAUCUUAGCGUGCGCAUGACGAACCUGGAGACCCACUACCAAAACUUAAUCCCCUUGCGCUCUGAUAUAGAAAGCGUGAAGAGUGAUGCUGCCCGUGCAGCACACACAAUUCAGAGGCCGGAAGCGCGUCUUGAUGAUGCCGAGAAUCAUUCUCGGCGCAACAAUCUAAUUUUUUAUGGUAUUGAUGAAUCUGCAGGGUCAGAGUCGUUCGCGCAAUUGGAGCCCAUAAUCAUUGACCACUGUCGCAAACAUAUGAGCAUCACUCUUGACCCUAAACAAAUCGAGCGCGCGCACCGCUUGGGCAAUCGUGCAGCUAGUCUUAACCACCCCAUAAUAGUGAAGUUCACCUUUCAUAAAACAAAAGAUCUUGUUCUCUCUAACGGCCCUAAAUUCAAAGGAACAAACUUCAGUGUUGGCGAGGAUUUUACGCGUCCUGUUCAAUUGGCCCGCAGACACCUUCUUUCAUUCGCAAAAAGCAAAUCAGCACCUUACUCCCUGCGCUUUAAAACUCUGUUUAUGGGUAAUAAGCGCUAUGUUACCGAUGAACGCACACAGAGUGUGAAAGAAUUGCAAUAG